UUUUGUUAAAAAAUUUCUUUAUUUGGGGUAACGAAAAAAUUACAACUUUUGGUGGUGAUGGGAGGUGGAUCAAGGGAAAAAAGAACUUGUCAUACAGAAAUCGCAUUUGUGUUUGGCGGGGAAAGCAAGAUCCCAGAAUGUUUAAUCGCCGAAUGAUUUCCUUCUCUUUUUUGGAGAUUGCCUUUUGAUUUCCCAUAACUCUCACUGUUGCCUUCUUUCACUAAAUGGUUUUGGCCUCUUCGAUCUCAACUUUCCAGUUUCCUCUUUUGAAACAGCUUCAGUUUUCACCAAUGGAGUGGGUAGUAGUGGAAUGAACUUGUUCCACUCUGCUUACAGGCUUUGGGUUUCGACUGAUCUCGAGUUGGGUUUUUUGCUGGAAGUGAUAAUUGAUUAACCCAAAUCGAGGAAAUCAAAGGGGGAUGGAAUCUCGUAUGGAUCAGUACGAGAUCAUGGAGCAGAUCGGCCGCGGGGCUUUUGGAGCCGCCAUUCUUGUCAAUCACAAAUCCGAAAAGAAGAAAUACGUAUUGAAGAAGAUCAGGCUCGCUCGCCAGACUGAGCGAUGUCGAAGAUCUGCUCAUCAAGAGAUGGCGUUGAUAGCCCGAGUUCAACACCCUUAUAUAGUUGAAUUUAAAGAAGCUUGGGUUGAGAAGGGUUGCUAUGUUUGUAUUGUUACCGGAUACUGUGAAGGUGGAGAUAUGGCAGAGCUGAUGAAAAAGUCAAAUGGGAUGCACUUUCCUGAAGAGAAACUCUGCAAGUGGUUUACACAGCUUCUAUUGGCGGUUGAGUACCUGCAUUCAAACUUUGUUCUACAUCGCGACCUUAAAUGUUCCAACAUCUUUCUCACUAAGGACAAGGAUGUCCGUCUUGGGGAUUUUGGACUUGCCAAGACAUUGAAAGCAGAUGACUUGGCUUCUUCAGUGGUUGGAACUCCCAAUUACAUGUGUCCUGAACUUCUAGCUGAUAUUCCUUAUGGCUUUAAAUCUGACAUUUGGUCUCUUGGUUGUUGUAUGUAUGAGAUGGCCGCGCAUCGCCCAGCUUUUAAAGCUUUUGAUAUGGCAGGACUCAUUAGCAAAAUUAAUCGUUCAUCCAUUGGUCCCUUGCCAUCCUGCUAUUCACCAUCCUUGAAAACACUCAUUAAGGGCAUGCUACGAAAGAAUCCAGAGCAUAGACCAAAUGCUUCUGAGCUCUUAAAGCACCCGUAUUUGCAACCUUAUGUUGAACAAUACCGUCCUUCCAUUAGUCCUACUGUAGAUUUUUCGCCAGAUAAGCCUAGGCCGGCACGUGAUUCUCGGAGAAGUAUGGCAGAGAGUCAAAACAGUAACAGUUCAAACAGUGAUAGGGACAGUUUGUUUUCGAGUGAUAAAAAUACUCCGGCCACAGCAUCGAACUGUGAUGAUAAAGUCACUGAUAGUGAUAUGGCAUCAGUUGACGAUCAUGAUGGAUCUGAGCCCCUCCAUCCAAGUGAAGAACAAACUCAUAAUAUGUGCUCUCUCAAAGUGAAUGAUCCAGUGCAUUCUAAACCUUCUCAAGAAGACCAAUCUAAUACGGAAUCAAGACGACCAAAGACAAUUCGGAAUAUAAUGUUAGCUUUAAAGGAAGGGAAAGCUAGGGAAAAUUAUUCACCAGUCCGAGGUAACCGUGUCAAAUCUGGAGUUGCAUCAAACCAAAAAGCAUAUGCUGAAAUGCCACCUAAAGUCAUCAAACUUCCCAUGGCAGUGCCUGGUGCCAAGUCUAAUCCAGAUACACCUAUCACGGUGUCUACAAAGGCAAAUAUUGAAUCGUCAAGAAGAAACCAGGUUGUAGCUACUCCAAAGCAUCAGCUACCAGUGGCUGAUCCCACACCAAAGACUAAACCAAGACACGAUAGUUCUCCCCCUCUUUGUUGCCCGGUGAAACCAAUGGAAGAUGGACUUUCUUCAAAGUCAAGGCAAAGAACCCCUCCUACUUUGCUUAGACGACCUUCAUUUCCGGCAAGGACGAGGCAAGUUGGGCAAGAUGUUCCAGAUGCAGUAAGUUCCACGGAGAGGAUCCAUCAAAAGGAAACAUCUCCGGAGGAGAGGACUUCUAAUAAAGUGCACAGUAGCAACCAAGAUCAUGUUGUGUCUGUGGAGUUAACAAAAGAGACACAACAUACCUCUUCAGAACAUUGUUCUAAAGGAAUGCAAACAGAUAGUAGUAAUUCUGUUUCAUCUUCGGUGUCAAUUCAGGGAUUUGAAAUUCGUGAUGAUGCAGCAACUCCAUUUGCUUAUAUAGCAGAGCCAGUUUUUGACCAUCAAAGUAUUGAACAUGAUGAAAUUGAAGAAACACAUCCUCCUGUCUGCUCAUCUUCAUUGCAGUAUGAGAUGUCCGAACAAAACCUAUUAGGGGUCAAGGGAAACCAUGAAGUUUAUGACAAACCAGCAGAAUGCUCCUUUGAAAUCUCCAGCGAUAUUGUUAAUCUUCACAAUACUGAAGCUGGAGUUGAGAAAGAGAGUCCCAGUGUGGAACUCGAUCUUCCACUGAAAUCUGAAGGAAGAUUCAUCUUUAAAGACGAUGUACCCAUAAACAUGGCAAGCAAUAGGCCUAAUAUGGUAUCAGAACCAUUUACGAUCUCUUCACAUGGGGACGACAAAUUCACAGUACGGGAACUUCUAUCAUCCGUUGCGGAACCUACUACACCCUUGGUAGCUACUCCAAGUUCAACAACCCACAAGUGUCUGCUGCCAGAUAAAGUAACCACUUUGCACAAUUCCUCAGCCGAAAAGCUGGCUGCUAGCCAUCUUCCUGCAGCUUUUGAUGAUAUAAUACAUGUUAUACGGCAUAGUAGUUUUCGAGUCGGAAGUGAGCAGCCAGUAACAGAAAACUUGGAGGUGGGGGUUCAGAGUGUUGAUGUGGGUAAAUUAGUUACUGUGGUGAAGGAUGAACUAGAGUUGAAGAAUGGAACCACCACACCUUUGACUCUCAAGUCCAAUAGUUGCUCUGAUGCCCUGUGUUUGAAGCCAAAUACUUCUGAUCACUCGGGUGUCAAAGAAUCGAGCGGAGGAAACCCUCCGAUGGUGCCGACAACAAACUCCGAUUCUUCUGAGCAUACAAAGCUCAUCACUCCUGUGGUUGAAGAGGAAGUGCCAGCAAAAGAAACUUUGGAUGUGAAAUCUUUUAGGCAAAGGGCUGAGGCACUUGAAGGGCUGCUAGAAUUAUCUGCAGAGUUGCUGCAACACAAUAGAUUGGAGGAACUAGCAGUUGUUCUGAAGCCUUUUGGGAAAGACAAGGUUUCUCCAAGAGAGACAGCGAUCUGGCUGGCAAAGAGUCUAAAAGGAAUGAUGAUCGAAGACAAUGCCAGGAGUUCAUGAAUCUGCAGUCAGGUUUUUUCUGAUUUCGAACUUAAUUAUUUGGGUGUAGUCUGCACAUGGGAGUGCUGUUUGUAUUGUAGACCAGUGCCAAUUUUUUUUUUUUGCCUUUAUCUGUAGUUCCUUUAAUGCAUCUCAUGUUGUACAUAGUGACAAUACAAAUUAAUAAACGUGCAAUUCUUUUCAAGUAAA